AAAUGCGUCUUAGACUGUUGUCUUAAUUAGAUUGGUUUGUCUUAUUUGCAAAGCACAACUGAUUGGUAGAGCUUUCAAAACAAUUUCCCCACAGCAACCUUUGAAGUAAUGUAUAGUCCCAUUUCUUGCUUGGAUUUCACCUGAGAGAAUUCAUUUGUUUCAUGAUCACGCUAUUGCAUUUUUUUUUGCUAAACUUUUGCUCUGAAUCUAUCUUGUCUUCAACCUGUUCACGAUGUUUUUCUAUCCUACGGUGCUCAAUCAUCGGACUGGGUGCUUUGCCACGAUUUGGUUGGCGGCCACUAAAGGACGUAAGAUCAGUCGGAGAGAUCUGCUCAAAGUCAAUGUCCACCGUACUUGCUGUGACAUCAUGGAUUAUGUGUUGGUCAGAGUCCCGCCCCCUGUAUUAGGAUUGCCCCGCCCACGUUUCUCCCUGUACCUGUCCUCUCAGCUGCAGUAUGGAGUGGUGCUUGUCUACCACAGACAGUGUGAAUUUUUGUUAGAGGAAACUCAGGGGGCAAUUGAUAGAUUGCUCCGCCUUAACUUGAAGUUCAACAUUGAUAUGAGGGAUGAAGAAACCAGGCAGAGUCACAUGAUCCCAGAUGCUGCUGCACUGUUUGAUGAAACAGAGGGGGCGAGGGAUCCAUUCUUUGGCGUUAUGGAGACCGGUUAUGGGUUGCCAAGUCCAACCAGCCUCAUUCAGCGAAUGGAAGAGGUGCAACCUGAGCAAGUCCCAUCCUCUAGAGAACCAACACCACCUUCAGAUGACAUCACAGCUAGCCAGGAGUCCAUCACCCUGACAGAAAGAGAACCAGACAUCAUACCUGAACCAGAGUUUGAAGGAGCAGAUCUGCAGGAGACCAACAUGAUCGAGCUACUGCUGGAGCAGCCAGAUCACUUUCUCGAGCGUGAAGAUGAGAGGCAGCUGGAGAUAGACAGGGAACGAGAGCAAAUAGAGAAAGAGACAGAAGAGGACAGAGAGCCCAGGAUGCCUGAUGAAAGAGAGCAAGAGAGAGCAGCACUUGAGAGAGAGGCAGCAAGAGAUCUGACAACAUCAGUCUCUUUAGAUUUGGCACAAAUCACUGGUGCAUCAAGCCAGGAGGUUGUCCUGCUGCCUGAGGAGGAUUUGGGGCUGCCCAUGGAAAUGCCUGUGUUAGAAGAAAGAGAAAAGACCCCAGUAUCUGUAUCCAUACCCAUACCAUCCCCUCUGCCCGGCGAAGAGGAAAAAAUGGGCGUGGAGCCUAGAAGAGAGAGGGCAGUGAGAGAGAGGAGCCCUGAUCUUGAGCCUGCUGUAGUGAGGCCUGAAUCCCCUGUAAAGCAGAGGAAGAGGAGGAGACAGCUGCUGUUCAUUGAUGAAAACACACAAAUAUCGCAAGAGGAAAUGAUGGCCUGGAUUGAUGAUGUGGAGACAGAGACCAGACCCUUGGAGGCACUCGUCAAACCACCAUUUGAAAAGAAGGGAGCUAAAGAACUACUUGAGAAUCCUUGCAUGAGCCUUCCACCUGAAAUCCUGGCACUAUGGAAACAGGCUGCGGUCGUGAGGCCCAUCCCUCCAGCCCAGCAGCGCUGGGAGGUUCCCGUAGCUGAGGAGAUACCAGAGAGAGAGCAGGAGAGACCAGAGCCAGGAGAGAGAGAGGAGGAGAGAGAGCUUAGCUCAAAAGAGAUUCCCAGAGAAAUGCUGGAGUCGGGCCUCUUCCGGGAAGAAACACCAGCCUCUUUGAUGGUUUUGGAGACAACAGACAAGGAUUUCUCUCCACUGGAGACUCCUGAAAUGAGACGAUCCCCUGUUCCACAAAUUCAGUUCGGUCUGGAGGGCAUCCCAGAGGAGAGGCUCCCAGAGAUGGAAGAUAUUACAGAGCAAAUCGAGGAACAGUUAAGGCCACAGGAUGUUAUUGAAGGUUUGGAGACCUUUCACUCUCUGCUGCCCCCUGACCCCACCCGCAGAAUUGUUGCCCAGUUGUUUUGGAGAUUGCUAGAGCAAAUAGUUGCAGGACAAGUCACUGUGCGACAGGACGAGCCGUAUGGUGACAUCAUCAUUUCAGCCGUAGAUCAAUGAGGACGUGGCGUUGUUCACAAACAAAACUGGUAUGAGAAUACAUAUUUACAUGACUUAUUAAAUCAGUGUUCUGGUUCAUGAAUUUUUAAACAACUGAAACAUCUAACAUGUUAUUGAUGGUUUAACACGUUUAUAAUUGUUAUUUUAAUACUGUGAUAUUUUGUACUCUAUGAAAAAAAGUUGUGUCUUUUAAGAAUUAAGUUAAGAUUAUUUUAUGCAAUGUUUUCGAUAUUAUUCCAAUGAUACCAUAUUUAUUACAGCAUUUCUGUUUUUACUAAUAUAUUAAAUGUUCUCUGUUAACAUGAUUUGUCUAUUUCACAUACAUUAGGUUUUACUGUUCCACCAACAAUAUUUAUCUAAUUCUUAG